CGCAGCCCGACCACUGCUUAUCCAGACCCCAUCCCGAGACCGGGAGCAGGUCCGACCGCUCACCUGCAGCGCCGGCUCCGGCCCCGACUCCGACCUUCCCUGCCCAGCAUCGACAUCAGCCCUUUGAUACCAGCAGCGGCUCAGGAUCCUGUCCUCCUCCUCCAGAACCGGGACUGCCCCACACCUGCCCUUUCCCCCGACACCGUUCUCCACGGCAGCACCGGCAUCGCUCGUCCUUCCACCGCACCGGACCGACCCAUCCCGGCGGCACCGAGCGCUGCCGUCCGGGACAGCUUUCUAUAACCUCAAGAAUUCUGGAGAGGCGGUAACCACAGCAGAGCUGGAGUGCCCCUGACCAGGCAUAGGGAGCAACAGCCGGGCAGCUCCCUCCGAACACUGGGGAUUUCUGCACCGCCGGCGAUGCGAGCGAUGGCAGACCAGGCUGCAGUGGCGGCGGAGGCUUCUCCAACCCUGGUACCAUCCCCAGGCUCUCCUCGACACAGGGACAUCAGUGGGACAAAGUCCCAUCCCUCCAGCACCAGGGAGAAUGGCAGUGGUGGAGAGGGCAGCGGGACCCUAUUCCCCAUGGAGGGGGACACGAAGCCCCUCUCCAUGCUCCUGGCUGACGUCCCACGGGGUCCCCAACCGCAGCUGGGCCCAUCUAAGUCCCGCACGGCCCCAUCCUCCCCCAGCGUGUCCCCAUCAGAGAGCCGUGCCGCGCUGCUCCGGCUGCGGGAGGCCAGGCUGGAGGACACCAGGAGGCGGCUGUCGGAGGCCGUGCAGGAGCCCCUCAGCCGUCUGAGCCGCCUGAUGGCCGAGGAAAGCAGCCCUGCAGGCCGGGCAAAGGCAGAGGGCAGCUUGGGGCGAGGGGAAUCAGGGGGCAGAGGGGAUGGGGGGCAGCGGGCGUGCGACUGGAGCCCCUGGGAACCCACCCUGAACUGCCGCUAUGAGAUCUGCUCCUACGGGGAUGUCAUCCAGGUGGUGGAGGUGGCACAGCACAAGGCCGAGCCCCCGGAGCAGCCACCGCCAUCAGCCCUGCCGGGGGGCACGGUGCCAGGCCAGGCCUUGGCCUGUGUCGCACUGCUCACCUAUGGUUACCUGGUGCUGCCGCUGCCGCCCUAUGCUGCAGGCCUCUGUCUGGGCCUCACCUGCGGCGUGCUGCUGGGCCUGCUCGCUGUCCUGCUCCUCCUGCUUAAGCCGCCACCGCUGCCACGUCUGCGCCACGAGCUGCUCCCACACACCCCACGGGGAGCCCACGGCCUGCAGGGCUGGCUGAACCAGCUGCACAGCUAUGAUCACGAGCUGUACCACCCGUCACUCACACACUCAGUGCUGGCCACGCUGGAUGGGGCCACCCUCAAGCUGUCCUACCCCAAAAGCAACAUCCCACGUCAGGCCACCUUUGCAGAGGAGAUCCUCGAUGUCGCCUUCGUCAGCCAUCGCUGCUACGAUAUGAGCGGUGCCAAGGUCUCCCUCUGCCCCCCCGGCUUGGCCCGAAAGCGACUAUGGAACAAGAAGUACCCCAUCUGCAUCCUCUUCCCAGAGCAGACAGACACAGAGCACGGCAGCAGCAAUGAGCAUGGCACAGAGCUUCCAGGGGAUGAGGGGACGAGGAAGCCACAGGCACCUGGCCAGGAUGUCCCAGGGGACUGCAGGGAAAGGUGCCUGUACCUCUUUGGGAGGACAGGAAGGGAGAAGGAGGAGUGGUACCAUCAUCUCCUGCGAGCCUGCCAUGGGACCCCCAGCAGCAGCCGUGGUGAAGCUAAGCCAGGCAAAGAACCAGCUGCACAGAGCAGUGCCAGCAGCAUUAGUGGGAGCACUGAGGACAUCCCCUCUGCCAUCAGAUCCAAGGAACUGGUUGGAAUUUUUCAGCAGAAGAUUUUUCUGGAUUACAGCACCUACAUGGCCCAAUUUGUACCAGCAGAGACAGGGAGCAGCCCAGAGCAAAGCCCCCCUCACAGCACACUGGGCAGCCCUGCAGCCACCAAGCUCAGUGAGGACACAGCUGGGUGCAGCGAGGGCUGCGUGGCCUGGGUGAAUGCACUGGUAGGACGCAUCUUCUGGGACUUCCUCCGGGAGCGAUACUGGGCUGAGCAGGUAUCCUGCAAGAUCCAGAAAAAGUUGAGCAAGAUCAAGCUCCCAUAUUUCAUGAAUGAGCUGAAGCUGACAGAGCUGGACAUGGGCACAUCCAUCCCUUCCAUCCUCAGCGCCUCCAAGCCCACCAUCAAUGACCGAGGUCUCUGGGUGGAUAUGGAGGUCACCUACAGUGGCUCAUUGCAGAUGACCCUUGAGACAAAGAUGAACCUUUGCAAGCUGGGGAAAGACGGUGCUGCAGAGGACAGUGGCCAGGUGGAGCCAAGUGGAGAAGGGACCAAACCUCGGCUCAUCCUGCUGGCAGACAGUGACGCAGAGUCAUCCAGCGCCGGCUCCUCCGAUGAGGAGGACAUUGUCACUGCAGAAUCUGCUGGAGCCCCAGGGGAGCGAGUCCUGCCACCCAGCACUGAAGGCCAUGUCAGCAGUAACAGCACGGGCCGGAAGAUCCUGCGUUUUGUGGAUAAGAUUGCCAAGUCCAAGUACUUCCAGAAGGCCACAGAAAAUGAGUUCAUCAAAAAGAAGAUUGAGGAAGUUUCCAACACACCGCUGCUGCUGAUGGUGGAAGUGCAGGAGCUGGCAGGCACCUUGACUGUGAAUGUGCCACCACCACCAACUGACCGUGUCUGGUACAGCUUCCGUGUCCCACCCCAGCUGGAGUUGAAGGUGUGCCCAAAGCUGGGUGAGAGGGAGGUAACAUUCGUACAUGUCACUGAGUGGAUUGAGAAGAAGCUGAAGCAUGAAUUUCAGAAAAUUUUGGUGAUGCCAAACAUGGAUGAUCUCAUCAUUCCAAUCAUGCGUUCUGGCCUGAAUUCUCAGCCACUCACUGGGGAGCUGCCCAGGGACGUACCAGCCAGGGGAGAGAAGAAGCUCUGAAGUGCAGCCCCGUGGGCAGGGUAGAGACACUGCAAAUGGCUCAGGGACCUCAAUGGGGCACAGCACAGUGGCCCGUGGUGACAUCCAGUACUAUACUAUGGGACCCGAGCAUCUCAGUUCAUCUCAUCCUCAGCAUCCCGCACUUUGUAGAUGAGCCUGCUCUUCAAAUAUUGCAAGAAAAAUUUCAGAGACAAAGCAGACCCAGGGGAAAGGGUUUGCUGAACAACCAAGAACUUCACGCACCUCCCACCAGCAUCUCAGGAUUCCUCCUAACCAAGUGGACAACUCCAGAGCAGCAGAGGGCUGGACUUGCCACUGUCUGAUUCCCAAAGAGGGUGCAGGACACCCAGAUGGGUUCUGCACUCAAUGAGUCACAAUCACCUUGGAUCCAAGGCAUCCCAACUCCAAGAUGCACCACACUCCCCCACUAGCAGCUGGGCUGCAAGGAAAAUGGGUGAGAAACUAAUCCAAAAUCCAAAUAAAUCCAUCACUGGCCAGUCUUA